UGACGUCAAGAUCUUUACUAAGAUUAGGGUUUCAUUUCUCUAUUGCAGCAAUUAGCCAGGGAAUGUAUAAAAGGCUUCAGGGAAGCAAGCUAGGACUCCAGAGGGGAAAGCACUUUGCACCAUAGACAGAUAGCAAGAGAGAGGGCGAGAGGAGGAAGGCAGGAACAGAAAGGGGGGGGGGGGGGGAGAGAGAGAGAGGGAAAGACAGGGAGGGAGGAAGGAACAGAAAGUUUAUGUACAUAGACCUUUUUUAAAAAGGUACUGUUGCACCUGGUAGCUAGCGUUAGUGACACAGAAAUGAGAGGUCCGUGCAGUGCUUAAAUAGCUCAGAAACAAUGGGAUAGUGCAGGAAAGUUAACAAUUAACAAUCUCAGUUUAAAUUUUAUAACUGCAGGGAACUGGAAACACAGCUGCCUCUCUCUUCAACAAAAUCAGAAGGUCUCCUGGUUAAGGGAAGAAUUUCUGUUAACAUCUUAGUUUCUGAGAAAUAAAAAGCAGCUCCGAAUUGAAUGGGUAUCAUGCAGUUAACCAGGCUGCUCAUAUUUAACUAUCUCCGCUCAUUUUAAAGGGAGAAACAGCCAGAGGGGUAAUGAGGCUUUCCAAAUGCGUUUUACUCUAUUUUUUUAAAUGAGGAUACAGGGCAAAAAAAGGGAGCUGAAGGCAUCCGGGUGAAGAGAAGCAGCAAGGAAGAUGGGUCUGCUAAGUGUGGAUUUGCUGAUCACGCUUCAGAUCUUGCCGGUUUUUUUCUCCAACUGCCUCUUCCUCGCCCUGUAUGACUCCGUGCUCCUCCUGAAGCACAUGGUGCUGUUCCUCAGCCGCUCCAAGGCUGCGCGCGGCGAGUGGCGGAGGAUGCUCACCUCGGAGGGGCUGCGCUGCGUCUGGAACAGCUUCCUCCUGGACGCCUACAAGCAGGUCAAACUGGGAGGAGAAGCCCCAAACUCCAGUGUGAUCCACGUAGCUAAUGGCAGUGAUGGAAGCACUAACAGCUGGAAGAGUGUUGGUGGGAAGUGUGGAACUAAAUGCCACCUUCUGGAUUUUGCCAACUCAGAGAGGCCACUGGUGGUCAACUUUGGUUCAGCUACCUGACCACCGUUCACAAACCAGCUGUCAGCCUUCAGCAAGCUGGUGGAGGAGUUCUCUGGUGUGGCUGACUUUCUGUUGGUCUACAUUGAUGAGGCUCACCCAUCUGAUGGCUGGGCUGCCCCUGGAAUCUCCCCUUCUUCAUUUGAAGUUAAGAAACACAGGAACCAGGAAGACCGAUGUGCAGCCGCUCACCAGCUCCUAGAGCGGUUUUCCUUGCCACCUCAGUGCCAAGUAGUUGCUGACUGCAUGGACAACAAUGCCAAUGUGGCCUACGGGGUUUCAUUUGAGCGAGUGUGCAUUGUGCAGAGACAAAAAAUUGCCUACCUGGGAGGCAAAGGCCCCUUUUUCUACAAUCUCCAGGAGGUUCGGCUUUGGCUGGAACAAAAUUUCAGCAAAAGAUGAAAUCCACUCUUUAUAGAAGAUAUGUCAACAGAUGUGUCCCUUUAAAGUGAUGUAAAAGGGAAAAAAGAAAUCACACGCUGGUUUGAGUAAGGCCUUUUGGGUGACUGCAGGAGAACACAUUUGAUAACAAGGUCAAAUGAACAUGAACUAGGAAAAGAGAAAAACAAAAAACUAUCUCCACAGAAAUUUUAACUGUACGAAAAAAUCCCACUCCUGCAUUCCCUAUGGAACAGAAGAGGCUGCUGUGAAAAGGUGCUGCCGCUGAGCAGGAAGAGUGGUGAGAUGAGCUCCAUCUCCCGGAAGGAACCAGUUGCAUGAUGUGUCGGCUCGAGGGUGAGUCAGAUGCGUUGCUUCCUGGAAGGCCUUCCAUGGGAAGGCAGUGCCAUGCAUUUCACCAGAGACACUUCCUUACCUUCUUGUGGCCAAUGCAAGCAACCUGGGAGGAGCCAGAGGGUUUGCAAUUAAUUUGCAUAGAAAUGCAGUGGAGUGUGGCAAUUGUCCUUUUUCUGUAGAGGUUUUAUUGUUCAGAGACUGCAGGAACCUGCAAUGCACCCUGCAUGCAAACCGGCUACACAGAUCAAGAUGAAACAUCGUAUGCUGGUAUUUAUACUCUUUUUCUGCACAGCAUAUUAACUAUGUAAUUCUAUUUGUAUGUUUGCAUCCAUGUGUAGGCCUGUGCCUGUUGAGAAAGAUGUUAAGAUCUAUGGAGUCCGACCAAAAAGACAAAGAUGAUCAAAUGACCCCACUGAUUCACUUUGAAAACUGAAAAAGCUGGGCUAUUUGUCACGACACACCAAGAACUAUCCAGAAUGUGCAUCAAGAGACAAUAGCUCAGCUGACACCAACCCUCAGUUCUCAGAACUGAUAACAUGCAUUUAUCCAUAUUCUCUGUUUUUUUUCUCUUUUUCCUCCCCGCCUUCCCAGUCUCUUUCUGUUUUUAGAGAAACAAUAGCAAGGGCCUUAAGAGUAAUUUCAUUUUUAGCUUUUUUAAAAGUAACUUAUUUUUCACUCUCUUAUUUUUAUUUGGGAUAAUGACCAUACUGAUGUAUUUUGGGGAUGGGGGAAUUUAUACACAACUUUACCUCAUUGAAACAGAAAUCUAUCCAGUCAUUUACGUGGUUUUUAGUAUCUUAGAUGCCUGAAAUUGGUUUAUAGCUAGAUUAGUUUAUCUGAAAGUUAAAGAGCUUGCAAUCUCAGAAUUGACUAAUUGCAAUUCUGCUACUGGAUGUGACAGUGUAUAUUUGUUUCAUGCAUGUUCUCAGAAGCCUUCUCAGUGAUAGUAAUGACAAAUAGUGUGAAUUAACGUGAAUAUGUGUGAAAGAUGGCAGCAUUUUCAUAAGAAUGGGUUUGAGAAGUAUUUUUAAUUAUGUUUAAAGAGAUACUAUCAAUUUAGAGUAGGCAUUAAGUUUAGGUCUUUUUAAAACUAAAAUGAUUCAGUCAAGCCUGAUGAAAGGGCAAGUUUACAGUCAGCUAGACCCUUAGAACUGAGAAGUGAAAAUCCAUAUGAGGAGGUGGACUAUCCAAGUUUUCUCUCACCUUUGGCAGAAACAUGAAACAGGGUAAGUGGCAAAAAUUAAAUUAGCUGUCUUAAUUUCUCAUCCUGCCAGUUAUCAGAGAUAUGAUAUAUUAGUACUAACACAAGAAAUAACAAAGUAUAUAUAUAUAUAUAUACACACACACACACACACAUAUAUAAAAAUAUUUUUGUUUUCGCAAUGUCCCUUCAAUGUUGUGUAUUUCUUUUUGUUUGGCUAUUGGUCAACUUAGACAAUGUACAAGGUGCUUGGAAAUGUAUUUUCAACCACAGAUCUGAAAUACUGACAGAACAUGACUGAUUUCUCACAUAUUCAGGUUCAUACUUCCCCUGCUUCUCACAUUUUCCUCCGCACACCAUUAAACAUACACACACAGUUCGGCAAAGCAUAUCAGAGAAGGUGGUGAAGAAUGGUCUUCAGGCCUUCUGGUGAGCCCUGCUUGUCAGAAAAUGUGUGUAUGUGUGCCUGUAUAGAUAUAUGCACGUAUAUAUAUGUAUGCAUAUGUAUUGUAUGUGUAUAUAUUUGUAUCUAUGUAUAUACAUAUGCAGACACACAUAAGUGGAUGUUUAAGGCCAACAGUAAUAGUCGUUCUAUCCUUCCAUUCAUUAAUGUUACUGUAACUCAAUUCUCAGUGUGGAAGAUUAUCAUUUAUUUUAUUACUAAUUGGGAUAUAUAACUGAAAUUUUUUAACUUAAUAGCACAGAAACAGUAAAAUAGCCAUACUAGGUGGUUCCCUUGGUUUAUUUAAUCCACUGUCCUGCCUCUGACUGUAUUAGAUGCUUCAGGGGAAGGUGCAAUAAUUUAUUUUUGAAGUUUCAUUAGCUUCAGUCCUUAUGAUUUUUGUGCUGUCUAAUGUGCUAAUUGAUAUGUCAUUCAUCCCUGUGAGAGGCUGAUCCAGAAGUUUGGCACUUAAAUAUUUUAAAUAUUUCUUGAGAUGAUGAAGUCUAAAAUUAAAAAAAAAAAAAGAGAGAGAGAGAAGCAAAGAAAAAAACAAAAAAACAACUUUUUAUCAGAUUUAAAUUGGUUGCUUUUCAAUGUCAUUUACAUCUCUUGCUCUUGUAUGCUAAGAAAGUAUGAACAGGAGUGAUCCCUAUUUUACUCCUUAUGUCAGUGAUUCUAUACUUUAUAUAGAAAAAUAUAUAGUUCUUGUUUGUUUCUUAAGUCAAACUAUUUCACAUUCUUACAGAGGUCCAUAUUCUUUGUCUGUCUCUGAAUCUCUUCUGCUUUUGCUGUACUGUCCUUUUACUCAGGUGAGUAAAGCUGUAGACAUUAUUCCAAGUGAAAAUAUAGAUAUUGGUGUAUGCCACACAAUCAUCAUCUUUUCCUUAUUAUAUUUAUUCUAUUCUUUAGUCAUCUGAAACUUCAUUAAUCCAGGGCAACUCCACAUACUUUGUAAAACUUAAACUUGUCUUUCUCUCUUAUUUGUUUGUCGGGGAAAUGCUUGCCAGAUGUUUAACAUCUCUGUUGAAACAUACCCUGAGCUCAGGGGAGGGACUCAUGAGCUGGUAAUUCAGUUGGUUAACACCCUUCUACAUAUCUAAAGUUACGGGGGGGGGGGGGGGGGGGGGUAUGUCAGUUUUCUCCUUCCUUUUGGAUUUCCACUAUUUCAUCUUAGUGAAGUAUCUUGUUAUUCAUAGAUGCCUGUUCAUCACACAGUAUAAAGGAAUUAUAAAAUUGGCUUCUGUAAAUCGGAAAUCCACAAGGAUUUUCCACAAGAAAAAACAUACAAUAACUGCAUUUCUUUCUUGGCAACAUGAAUACCUUACCCUGCCCAAAACUUAAAGAUGGUUCAGCCUCAGUGGUUAUCAAGAUGGGAGUACAUUUCAUAGAUCCUUAAAUUUUCCUCAGCAAAUUUGUGGUGAACAAGCAGGGGAAAAUAUUUUCAGUAGAAAAGGUCUUAGAGGGAAAAAAAUAUAUCUUUUGCAAGUGGCUGAAGGAAAUACAAGCUCUUCAUUUUUUUGUUGACAAAAAAUGCAUUUUAUAGAAAGGGUUAUAUACUUUGUGCAUUGUUCUCAGUUAAUGAUAGAAGUGGACAUAUGUCAGAGACCUGAAAUUAUUGUAACAGUGGGUUGUUUCGGGUCCAGGCAGAAAUUUUGCUACCUUGCUAGCAUAGUAUUGCACAGUUGGUCUGGUCCAUUGUGAAGCUGGUUUUGCUUUUGCCUCUUUCUUUCACUGUCUGAGGGCACUAAACCAUGUUAUUUGAGAGGUUUCAAUAUGGCAUACAUGUUGAGCAACAGCUCACACAACAGCUGCCUGAAAGCAUUCUGGAAAGCUACUAUAUAAAAUAAAGACCCCCCCAAUGCUAUGUCUCUACAUUAGUAUGGGAAACUUCCAGUACUUUCAUUUCCAGCAAGCUAAAAGUUAUUCUACAUUGUUUUGUGUUUAAUAUUGUUAUUUAGCACUGUAUAAAAUGAAUGUAAAACAUUUUGUACAGAUGAAAAUGAUUGCAUUUUGCUCUUGCUUGUGUAGACAAUGAGAUAAAUUUAAGGCAGCAGGAAAACAUGCCCUGCCUUUUAAAAAGAAAAAUAUCUAUUCCAAUAUAUAUUGUUGACUGACUGUCUAAAUACUUUGAAAAACAAAAUGCAAUCAUUUUUAUGAAGGUGAUCUUGGCAGAAAAAUCCACAAAGCUUCUCAAAAAUAUGUCAGUGCUAUGUGCUGUUCAGGCGUGCAUGGGGAGGGAGGUUAUGUUUCUGUAUGUGUGAAAGUGGCUUUUCUGUGAUGGGGAGUGUAGGUUUAAGGGUUAUUAAGACUUUCAUUCAGUACUAUAACCAAAGCAAUAAGAGGUGUCAGGUAGGGAAUACUGGCCAGUUUUGUUCAACUCUACGCCAUGUGAGUGCCGGAUUUAUAUUCAGUGACCUAUGGGCCCAACUUCGAGGCUUCGGAGAGGAGGGAUAGGGGUGAGACAUGAAUGUCUGUGUGCUUAUGAAGACCGCUAACAAAAGAGUACCUAACUCAGUUGGCGUUCAGAUGCCGCCACACUGGCGUUCCUCUGUGCACCUUAGUGUCUUUGUAUUUGAAAAGUCUCUUUGGUGGCCAUUAAUAAGAGUGCCGGGGUGUAGAUGCUUGUGUGUACUGACUAUGUGUGUGUCAUUGUUCAUAUGUCAAAAAUACACUUUGUAGGAGAGCCAGCAAACUUUUGUUACAAUAUGGUGCUCCAUGAAACACGUGCUUUUUAGAUUUUUCUUGUAUUACAAUAAAAUCUAAAGGAAAAUCUC